UUACGGAUCACUCGUAAGACGAUUUCGAAAAUUUAAUACUGAGAUGAAGGAAGAAACCGGUCUUCCCUUAAGAUAUGGAGUCCAGAACGUUUUGCCGAUUUUAUUUGCAUACGAGGGUAUUAUUGCCAAUUUACGUUUUGAAGAUUGGAAGCCGAACUUUUCAUAAACUAUGGCAAACAGUCAAAUUAUAUUUGGCCAGUUCACCAAGUAUUGAAUCCGGGUUAAUGCUCUUUCUGAGGAUGUUGAAUUUGUAAUUAAGUUUAGCAAUCUCUAUAUGCUUUCGUUCUCUUACUACUGUGUAUUUUUUUCAUCAAACAAGAAAGUAAAACCCCUCAAUGCGCAUUCGUAAAGAAUGUUCUGUUGUCCAUUCUUUGUUUAGCUGGCGCUCACGAACUUCGCAACGUCAUGAAAGGAGAUUUGCCGUUCCCAUGGAAACCUUGAUUCGCUACCGCACCUGACAGAAGUUUGGACAAGACAACUGCCUGGUUGGGAAUCAAGACAAAAGAACAGCAAAAUAGACUUUUAUGUCAUGUCGGCAGGUGGAUUAAAAACAAUUUCUGAGUCGCCAGUUGACAGUUUGAGAGAUAGCGAUCAAUUCAGCAUAAAGGGAGAUGCUCUAAUGGAAGAAAGCGAAAACGAGGAAGCUCCAGGGACGACCGAAAGUGUCGGCGGUUUUUUUAUAAAACACGGAACUUUCAUGGGAACGGAAAACGAGCUUGCAGUCUCGCAAAACUCUGACGUAGCAGCAAGUGAUAGCGACUACGACACCGACCUUGAUACGGAAGAGCAUUCAGAAAAGUACGAUUCGACGGGAAGGAAGGUGUACCUGGCUGCCUGCAAAUGCUUGGACAUAACACCUGUGUCGUUCUUCUUGAAGAACAUCGAAGAAAAGCAUCUUGAUUUCAAACACCGACUGCUGGGGCCAAAAGGAGGAAGGGCUCUUGCAGCUGCUUUGGAGCUCAACACCACAUUAACCAGUUUAAACCUUCAUGAUAACUACUUAGAGGGAGAGGGUGGGUCGGCGAUUGCAGCGAUGCUGAAAGAAAACUGUUACAUCACAGAACUGGUAAGUAGUCAGGCUGAUAUAGAAGUUUCAUAGCAGUUGUUAAAGUAUUCAAAUACACUGCAACAGAGAUUUCAUUGGCCUUUUUCAGCAGAAGGUCAACUGGUUUUGACAGGCGGGCAGCACUUCUUCUUUUUUUUCGUAAGAAAAACUUCCCCAAAAUGGUCAAACCAGGU